AUGAUGCAGGAAGCUCUUCAACCGCUUCAUCAGUGCUGGCUGCGCACCAUCAUCCUGGCACGGUACCUUUGCAUGACCAUCUCCGAUUGAUGCUUUCUUCUGAGCGGAAUAUGUUUUCCAAAAUCCUUUUAUCUGCCACCAGCCUCCUGCUUGCUAUAUUGCGGCAUUUCCUCUGCUCUUUGAUGCAAUUCAUCCCAGCAAGAAACUGGGUGGCUGAGUCCCUGACAAUGGGAAAUCAACAAGCUACGUGGAGCAAGAAUUCAGGUAUGGAGACUUCCCAGCAGACGCAAGGUUUAAAGAAUUUCCUUUCCAACCCAUCAAAAGAGGAAAUCACCUUCCACAGCCCCAAGGGUUUGCAAUGCAUCUCACCCUUAAUGCAGACGGUAGAGGAGACCCCUCAGCCCAUCCCAGCAAAGAUUAAAGGACAUAUUCCCAAAUGGAUAAAUGGCAAUCUUCUGAGGAAUGGUCCUGGAAAGUUUGAGUUUGGCAAGGAAAAAUUUAACCAUUGGUUUGAUGGCAUGGCCCUGUUGCAUCAAUUCCAGUUGGAAAAUGGCACAGUGACAUAUCGGAGCAAGUUUCUGCAGAGCAGUUCCUACCUGACUAACAGCCAGCAUAACCGCAUCAUGGUCUCAGAAUUUGGGACGCUGGCAAUGCCAGACCCAUGCAAGAGUGUCUUUGGGCGCUUCAUGUCACGCUUUGAGAUGCCACAGCCAAGUGACAAUGCCAGUGUGAACUACGUUGUGUAUAAAGGAGACUAUUAUGCCACCAGUGAGAACAUCUUCAUGUACAAAGUGGAUCCAGAAACACUUGAAACAAAGGAAAAGGUAGACUGGAGCAAAUUUGUUGCAGUGAAUGGGGCCACUGCUCAUCCUCAUUAUGAGUCUGAUGGCACAACAUACAACAUGGGAAAUUCGUAUGGGAAACAUGGGUCUAGGUAUAACAUCAUUCAGGUCCCUCCACAGAAGUCAAACUGCAGUGACACGUUAGAAGGAGCAAAAGUACUGUGCUCCAUUGCUCCAAUGGAUAGGAUGAAACCCUCCUACUAUCACAGCUUUGGAAUGAGUGAAAACUACAUCAUUUUCAUUGAGCAACCCAUCAAGCUGAAUCUGUUGAAGAUUAUCACUUCCAAGCUCCAUGGGAAAGCCAUUUCUGAAGGGAUAAGCUGGGAGCCUCAGUACAAUACUUGCUUCCAUGUGGUGAAUAAGUACACUGGGGAGGUGCUGCCAGGGCAGUGGUACAGUAAGCCCUUUGCUUCUUUUCAUCAAAUCAAUGCCUUUGAAGAUCAUGGCUGUGUGGUCCUUGAUCUGUGCUGCCAGGAUGAUGGGACAACUCUGAGUACUUACAAACUUCAGAAUCUGCGGAGGAGUGGGGAAGGUCUAGAUCAGAUUUAUGAUUCAAUAUCCCGAGCUUUCCCUCGUCGUUUUGUUCUGCCACUGAAUGUGAAUUCAGACACACCUGUGGGGAAGAAUCUGAACCCACUGUCUUACACAUUAGCAAGAGCUGUGAAAGAUGCAGAUGGCAAGGUCUGGUGCACACAUGAAAAUCUCCACCCUGAGGGCUUUGAAAAGGUUGGGGGCUUGGAGUUCCCCCAGAUCAACUACUCUAAGUACAAUGGUAGGAAAUACCGUUACUUCUACGGAUGUGGUUUUGGGCAUUUGGUUGGAGAUUCCUUGAUCAAGGUUGAUGUGGAGACCAAGGAUUUCAAGAUUUGGCAGGAGGAUGGAUCCUACCCAUCAGAGCCUGUGUUUGUGCCAGUGCCUAAUGCCACGGGAGAAGACAGUGGAGUCAUCUUGUCUGUUGUGGUCUCCCCAGCUGAGAACCGUAGUGCUUUCCUGCUUGUCUUGGAUGCAGAAACCUUCAGAGAAUUGGGGCGAGCAGAAGUUGCAGUGCCAAUGCCUUAUGGAUUCCAUGGUGUCUUUACUUCUCACUGACUGAAGAUCUUGUCAUCUCCUGUGACUCAGGACCACAUCAGGCUCAGAAAGAAACCUCUGCUUGCUUUUAUCUCCCACCUUUGCAUUAUACACUGGUUGAAGUAACUGCUUUUUCUUUAUCAUAACCUCUGUUUACUGCUGCGUUCCUAACAAUAAACAUCAAAGGGUCA